CCAGUGUUGAGGAGGUAAGAUCAGUCACUCCUUGUAAACUACUGGUACUUAGCUGCAUCCGGACUGGAAGUCAACGUCAACAUAGGUGAUGAUAAAUAAUGACUUUAUAAAUAAACAUUUACGCUUGCAAGUCGGGCCGGGACACCCCACGCGAACAUCGAGAUGCUCAUGAUGGUGACUCACCUUAACAAAUACUACGCAAUAAUGAUGAAAGAGAAAAUUGUUGAUUGUUCGCUUCAUUGAAUCAUUUUACAUGUUAGUCUUGAUUUAUGUUGAGGACCUGUGGGUGCAUUGUGAUUAUAUUUUGUUAAUGCUUGGAUUCGGUGAUAAUGGAUGCUGACCUAAACAUUGAAAAAGGAUAGACUGAAGACCGUUUUCGUAAUUACAACUCACUUCAAAAAUAUUUUUUCAAAGGUUGUGAUAUAUUGUUAAAGAAACCAAAGGCUUUCUAACAUUAUUUUAUGGUGCAGUGCUAAUUACGAUACAACCUCUUUGUGUACCGUGACCUUUACGACUUAACAAGUUUUUCCAGUGAUGCUCAAUGACAUUGAAUGCACUCUGAACAGUUAGAGAUGCUCAUAUGUCAUUAGAACAAGUUUGAAUGAAAGAGAAAGCAUGACGUCAACAUAGUCAGAAUAUGGUCAUCGAAUAUGUAAAACUGAGUCAACAGUUACAGGAAAACGUCGCACAGGUAAAUCCGAACCGAGUCACCGCGUAAUACGAAACACAAGACGUAUUCCGUUUUUAUCCUUUCUUUGAUAAAGUCGUGUUUGAUUUUAAUAAAUCCUGUUCGUUCAUUGUGGACUCCAAUCAAUCCCGAUGACAUCACGUUCUAAAAGAGCCACAAGUUACAACUGACACUAAUUGAGUGCGACGUCGGGACCGCUCGCCGUCGCGACUGUUCCAAUCUAACCUCGUUUGCAGCACUCGUCUCAUAUCGACGCUAAAUACAUUAUAUAUUUUCGAAAAAAUGAGCGUCUACAUCACUGGUUUCAUCAUCGCUCUGGUCUUGGCAGCGUUGGUCCUCAUUUGGAUAGCAUACUGUAUGUUUGUCCGGGAACGACACAAAUCAGAAUGCUAUCAAUACAACAUUGCAGAUUUAGAACGAAGGCGCGAAAUAUUGAGCGCAGUUAACGAAGCGCCCACAGAAACUAAGAAAGAGAUAACAGCUGGUGUAUUUAUCUUGCCAUCUUUACGGAAACCAAAGAAUGAGGGGUACUACAAUAGACCCGAUUAUCCAGAAAGUCCCCCCCCGAUGUCACAUCCCAGCACUGACAGAUUAAUUAAUAUACUUGAUGGAGAAGACCAUGGCUGCCACACCGCGCACUACUCCGACGGCAUAUGUGAGGUCGUCUCGCACCAGGCUUGCAGUGAUGUUUAGUCAUGUUAUUGCACAACAUUAUAUCUUGCCCUGUAAGACGUUCACACUGACAUAUUACGUUGCACUUAUACAUUGUACUUUCUUUAUACCAAUUUUACGAAUAUGUUAAAAUAAAAUAUAUUAAAUUGUU